AUGGGCUUCAUUUACUCGCAGGCGGAGGAAGUCAUUGUCGUGCUCUCAAAGGCCGCGCGCCCGGUGCUCGAGCAGAUGAGCACCUCCGACCACAUCGACCGCGUCCAUCUCGAUCUCUUGGAGCAAGAGGAAUGGGUCACGAGGGCAUGGACGUACCAGGAGGCCGUAAACAGCCGGAGUCUGUACAUUUCGUGCGAGGAAUCCCACGGGGCCAUCGUGCAAGGCAGUCAUUUCUUGAAUUGCCUAGGCUACACGCUUUCUCGUCUUGACGGCGGGUCAGGACUCGCAAGUGACAAGAGGCAGCGAUAUCCUCGGCUCGACGCCUUCGAGGAUCUGAUUGCCGACUACAUGAUCGCAGGGUACCAGGAGCGGUCAGCGCUGCAAGUCAUGUCGAACAUGGAUCGGCGUACGCAAGGCCGUCGCGAAGAUCACUUCUACGCCAUGAUGGGCGCUAUCAGCACGGUGCGCGCCAGCUCCUGUCCGGUCUUGGAUCCCUGUGAGGCCUUCAUGUCCCUUUGUGAGCGCAAGGGCGACUAUUCGUUCAUUUACUCGGCCGCGAAGCGGGACACGAGGCCGUCAAGACGCUGGCGUCCGGUGUCGGGAGAUCUCCCGUCCAUCUUGCCUUGGCAUUGUUUCGGGGCAGGUCAGCCAGGUCAUGCAGACUCCGGUUCGUUCUAUUUGGACGCGAUGCUGCCGCUCGUCAACGCGCCCCUAGACGAAGAUGGGAAGGACUUUGUCGAAAGAUGGAUUGCCUCGAGCAAGAUUCGGGCCGUCGGAUCGCCAGAAUCUCUUCAGGAGUCGGCAUACAUAGCCCUCCGAGCCAUGGGCUUCACGGGAAGCCCAGAGUGUGUAUCCACGAGACGCGGGUUCUUUUUCCCCCGGGAGCGGCUCUCGAUUGACCGAGAGAUCACUGUCUUGGUCGCAACUACAGUACGGUGGACUUGUGGCGCGCCGGGCUUUGCUCGUUGUAACCAAAAUGAGGAAAUGUAUACACCAGGUGUGUUUUUCGGCCGCGUCGACAAUGCGGCGGCUGUUUCGGUCAAGGUGUCCUCCGCGAUAGAGUGA